AUGUUUUAUUCUUCCUUCAGUGUAAUACAGUGGCAGCAUGUAGUUGCCCAAGGCCCCAUGGUCCAGGGGGCCAUUAGUGUUGCUGUCGGCCCCAAGGUAAUGUGGGGCUAUGCCCAGGAGGCAGGUAGAGCUAUGGAAUGGACAUUCAGAAACUUAAGAGGCCCAGACUAUAACUACACAGGCCCAGAGAUUGACCUACAGGGCCCUGGUUUUAAUGUAACUUUGAAGAAUGUAAGCAUCAGCAAGGGAAACCUGGUAGGCAUCAAGUCAAAACUCCUUGGAAUGGUCCAAAAGAACUUUGACUUUCACCUCAAGAUCAUGUACAACCUGAGCCAUGUAUAUAACCACUGGGAGGAAGCAGGGAUUGUUUCUGGUCAUGAGGGACCCAUACCUUUUGACCACAAACUGUCAGGAUAUAAGAUGAGUGUCAGUCUGGAGGUUGAUGCAAAUGUCAGAUGUGUAGAGAUUGAAGAUGGACCGAUCUGUGUGAUAUGGCAGCCACGUCCUAAAUACAAGAUCCACAAUCUCGAUUUCAAACUACCACCUGAAUCAUAUCUCCACCUCGCUCCUCGUGAGAAAGUCCAGGGUAAAAUAGAGGACUGGCUGCUAAUGAAUUACACCAAAAAAUUGCAUUUUAUGCGAUCCUUGAGCAUCAACUUUACAUCCACGUUGGAUACGAUUGGAUUCAGCGGGGGCAUCACAGAAGAUAUUGUGUUUGAUUUUGGUGGGACUGUCACAUCUUUGAAUUUCACUGGAAUGCAGGGUUGUCAGAUGCGUACAAUGGGGGUUGCGUCACUGAGGAACAGGAUGGAUAUGCCAGAGUGGGUCCUCAAGGUUCCAUCAGCCCCUCUGCCUGAUAUAGCAUACAAGCAUGAUGCCGUGUACGUUGUAUCAACUGAUGCAUUCCAAAGUUUGUUCUGGGCCCAUAUCUUAAAUGGAUCAAUGGAUAUUCAGUUUGUUGGGCAGAGUCCUGUCUUUUCCACUAACUACUUCAAAGGCACUCCUCUUCAGGACAUGAAGGAAUCCGAUAUCAAAUUUGUGCAAGAAAAUAGUCAACAAAUCAAGAGUCAAUCUCCUAAAAGUGUAAUACAGUGGCAACAUGUAGUUGCCCAAGGCCCCAUGGUCCAGGGGGCCAUUAGUGUGGCUGUCGGCCCCAAGGUAAUGUGGGGAUAUGCCCAGGAGGCAGGUAGAGCUAUGGAAUGGACAUUCAGAAACUUAGGAGGCCCAGACUAUAACUACACAGGCCCAGAGAUUGACCUACAGGGCCCUGGUUUUAAUGUAACUUUGAAGAAUGUGAGCAUCGGUAAGGGAAACCUUGUAGGCAUCAAGUCCAAACUCCUUGGAAUGGUCCAAAAGAACUUUGACUUUCACCUCAAGAUCAUGUACAACCUCAGCCUUGUCUAUAACCACUGGGAGGAAGCAGGGAUUGUUACUGGCCAUGAGGGACCCAUACCUUUUGACCACAAACUGUCAGGAUAUAAGAUGAGUGUCAGUCUGGAGGUUGAUGCCAAUGUCAGAUGUGUAGAGAUAGAAGAUGGACCAAUCUGUGUGAUAUGGCAGCCACGUCCUAAAUACAAGAUCCAUAACCUCGAUUUCAAACUACCACCUGAAUCAUAUCUCCACCUCGCUCCUCGUGAGAAAGUCCAGGGUAAAAUAGAAGACUGGCUGCUGAUGAAUUACACCAAAAGAUUGCAUUUCAUGCGAUCCUUGAGCAUCAACUUUACAUCCACGUUGGAUACGAUUGGAUUCAGCGGGGGCAUCACAGAAGAUAUUGUGUUUGAUUUUGGUGGGACUGUCACAUCUUUGAAUUUCACUGGAAUGCAGGGUUGUCAGAUGCGUACAAUGGGGGUUGCGUCACUAAGGAACAGGAUGGAUAUGCCAGAGUGGGUCCUCAAGGUUCCAUCAGCCCCUCUGCCCGAUAUAGCAUACAAGCAUGAUGCCGUGUACGUUGUAUCAACUGAUGCAUUCCAAAGUUUGUUCUGGGCCCAUAUCUUAAAUGGAUCAAUGGAUAUUCAGUUUGUUGGCCAGAGUCCUGUCUUUUCCACUAACUACUUCAAAGGUACUCCUCUUCAGGGGAUAUAUCAGAAACUACCAGACAAACUCCUAAUGUACAAUGUAAGCAUGAUGCAGACUCCAACAUUUUACUUUUACUCCAUGCAUGAACAAUACCCUAUGGCCUACCAGUAUAAUAUCAGCGUUGAAGUUUGGACUCUCAAGCAUGACGGUACACCUGACAUCUUGGCACUUAAGUACAUCAUCUUGCAGACCAAUCAGAUGUUCGGGUUAAAUAUCCGCACUGAAAAUAAGGUGAUCCACCUUGAUCCAGACCUCCUCUACCAAGUACGAGCGAUUCAGUUCACAAGUUCAAACAUGACAUCAUAUGCGACAGUCUCAAACAGUAUCGUACCUCUAGGCUACACAGCCCCUCCAUUUUGUCUGGAUCUUUUCCUCAGCCAAUUCUACACAGAUUUCAGGUCUUUAGUUGCUCACGUGGAGACUAUAGGAGUUCCGUUGCCUGCGACUCCAUUAUUUACUGUUUCUCAGUCUGAGAUGUUAGUAUUGCAGUGGAAUUAUCUGACAGUAAAUGUUAAUUUUACCACUACAAAUGUUUGA